AUUGUCAGUCGUUGUCAGGUAUUUGAGCUUGUUUGUGGUGGGCUCGCGUGCCUGACUGGGUGAGGCUUGGUUCCGGGACCCCGAGAGGGAAGCUCGAGCGUAAACCCGGGCAGCGGGAUGGACGUUCUGAAAUCGGAGAUCCUCCGGAAGCGGCAGCUGGUGGAGGACAGGAACCUGUUGGUGCUGGAAAACACCUGUCUAUGUUACGUUGUUCUGGAAGAGCUGCCUCAACUUGGUCAUUUCAAAUGAUGUCGCAGCUUUUUAUUGUUAGUUCGAGAGUUGAAAUAGAAAAUAAAAAGUAUUUCAAGCGUAGUGAACUUGCAAAAAAAGAAGAGGAAGCAUAUUUUGAAAGAUGUGGCUACAAGAUACAGCCGAAAGAGGAGGACCAGAAACCAUUAACUUCUUCCAACCCAGUGCUAGAACUUGAACUGGCAGAGGAAAAGUUACCCAUGACACUUUCUAGGCAAGAGGUUAUCAGAAGAUUGAGAGAAAGAGGAGAACCAAUCAGACUGUUUGGAGAAACUGAUUAUGAUGCUUUUCAGCGUUUAAGAAAAAUAGAGAUCCUCACACCAGAAGUUAACAAGGGAUUGAGGAAUGAUCUGAAAGCAGCUUUGGAUAAGAUCGACCAGCAGUACCUCAAUGAGCUUGUGGGUGGUCAGGAACCUGGAGAGGAAGACACACAGAAUGAUUUGAAAGUUCAUGAGGAAAACACCACAAUUGAAGAGUUAGAGGCAUUGGGAGAAUCUUUAGGAAAAGGCGAUGAUCAUAAGGACAUGGAUAUCAUUACCAAGUUCCUUAAGUUUCUUCUUGGUGUUUGGGCUAAAGAACUGAAUGCCAGAGAAGAUUAUGUGAAGCGCAGUGUGCAGGGCAAACUGAACAGUGCUACUCAAAAACAGACUGAGUCCUAUCUCAGACCCCUUUUCAGAAAGCUACGGAAAAGGAAUCUUCCUGCUGAUAUUAAAGAAUCCAUAACAGAUAUUAUUAAAUUCAUGUUGCAGAGAGAAUAUGUAAAGGCUAAUGAUGCUUAUCUUCAGAUGGCCAUUGGAAAUGCCCCUUGGCCCAUAGGUGUCACCAUGGUUGGUAUCCAUGCCAGAACUGGCAGAGAAAAGAUUUUUUCUAAGCAUGUUGCACAUGUUUUAAAUGAUGAGACACAGCGGAAAUAUAUUCAGGGAUUGAAGAGGUUAAUGACCAUUUGCCAGAAGCAUUUUCCUACAGAUCCAUCAAAAUGUGUGGAGUACAAUGCACUGUGAAAUCUGUGUAUGGCGUCUAAGUAACGAGAAACAAGUGGACGUGCUAUAUGGACUUCUGGAAUUCCCAACAGGAACGAGGGAAGAAUAAUGCGGUUUCCUGUGUUUGAGUUCUACCUAACUCUACUCUCUCGGUUUUAAGAAACGGUGUUGGCUCUCCUAUCACAUCUGGCUGCAAACUGAUUUUUGUGUCAUUUACUUUAAAUAGUCAAAAAAUUAAGUUCUGAAGACUUUUCCUUGAAUUUAAAUGUGGAGACAACUGUCCCAGAAGGGGGUCUAAAAUGACAUCUUCUCUCUGGACCUACAAGCUGGCAGUUAGAGGAGUGAAAAGGAACAUUUGAGGAUGGACUUAAUUUCUUUCUGUAAAAUAUGGUAAUUUUCACAUUGUCUUUUAUGUAGCAUUUAUAAAAAAUAUUUUUAUAUAUUUCAACAAAAAUAUGGAACCAUUUAAUGAAACUUUAUAGUCCUUAAAUGUUGCUGAACUUUUGCCAUCUUGCAGUAGAAUUGGAAUGUAAAUGUUAAUUACUGUUAAUGCAAGUGUUUUUCUUGCAUUUCAAGGCUUGCUUUUACCUUCUAAGGAGUGUAAAUUUUAGUAUUUGUCAUCUCUUUGGGACAGAAGAAUUAACAGGAAAUCACAGUUCAAAAAAGAUGGUAUAUCAUACCAACAGAAGUUUAAAUUAAGGAAGCCGAGUGCCUCAAGGUUCAAGGUGGGGCAGUGGAUUGUUAAGCCAGCCAAGGAUGGGGACGUUGUGACACCACUGGUUCUUCCCAGACCAGGACUGCCUGUGAGUCUCCCUGUCGCAGGGCCUGCGGUGGACCGCCGCUCCCGGCCCUGUGCCACAGCGCAUAGGAGCAAGGCGCCGGGACUCUGGUCACUGCCUGACACAGUAGGCCAUGGGUCUGAGUUGGCCCAGAUGAGGACUUCUGAAUCUCACGCAGUGUCCUGUGCAGCUAAUCGUAUAAUGGUGACGAAUCGCUGCGCUCUGCAAGUUGAGAAGCCUCAGUUAAUAGAGGAAGGUGGGUGAAUGGAACCGACCUGCCCAGGUGGAGUGACAGUGUCGGGUAGCAGUAAGGGGGUGCUCCCGAGUCAGCACUGCCAAGCUGGAGGACCCAGCUCUCCCCCCACAAGUGUGAGACCCUGGGCGUCACUCAGCCUUCUCUGCCUCCUUUUUGCCCCGUCUGCAAACGGUCGCGAGGCCUGGGGCUGUACACCUCAGCGUGCCGCCGUGGUGGUCAAGUCAAAUAAAAUGCUUAGCGUGCUGCCUGGUAAAUGAGAGCUCAGCGGAUACUGGUUCUUGUGUCCUCGUUCCUAGAGUGUUACCGCAGUAGCGUUCCUGAGCCCUGUGCCGAGGGGCGGUGUGUGCUCAAGUCAGGGCAACGCCAACGAUGGAGGGGGCCGUGGCAGCAACAGCCAGAGGGGCAGGAGUGGUUACCAAGCAGGGACUGUGUCUGCGCUCAGUGACUGCUCCUGAUUUCAGUCAGUUUGGAGUUGAAAGGGCGAGAGGAUGUGGUGGGAGCGAGAGUCCUCUGAGUCGUAGGUGGGGGUAGCUUCUCAUGGUUUCACGGUCACCUGUUCUGGCUCCUUUGGGAAGGCUCGGGAGCCUCUUGUGGUCCCCUGUGUACGGCCAUGCCUGUCGGAUCAUUUCUGUGGGGUUUCUGCACAAGAUGGCUGGAGCCCUCCGUCCUGAAUUGAAUCAGGCUUACGCCCUACCCCACUCCCCACUUUGGAAACCAUUUCUUAUGAUUAAAUUAGUUAGGACUUAGGAGAGCUUACUCUAGGGCAAAUGAGAGAGAGAGACUUUCGUGAAAUAGGAUGCUAGCCUAGAAUGUAGUUUUGUGUCAGACUUGUUGAUAAAUACUGUUGAAUGAAUACUCCCCAAAUUACUUUUCUUUAUUCACAAUCAGACCACAGCAUAGCAGUCCGUUGUUUUCAUGUUGUCUUUCCAUUUGCUGUUAGUUAAUACUCCACAUAAAGAAGAAACUGUAUCAAGUGACACCAAUACCUUCUAAAAUUGAUCCGUAUGGGUAGAAGGUUUGAAAAAAGGUAACCUUCUAUGGUCCUGUGAAUGUUAACCAUUGGGGCAUAGGUAGAGGGAAGCAGGUUCAUAGAAAAGCUUUCCAUUUCCCUGAAAUUAAAGGUCUUCUGUUAAGUGCAAGUAAUCACGUGGCUAUAUAGAACAGUGACCUCCCGCAUUCUCCACAUCAUGAAAAUCUUAGUUCAGCAGAUACGACAUACCUCUGGUUUUAGCUAUUUUUAAAAUAAUAAAGGCAUCCUUUAAAAAUCA